CGUGGUGCGCGCGGCAGCCCGACAUGGCGGCGCGCGGCAGGUAGCGGCGCGGCGCGGCGCGGCGCGGGGGGCCGCCCGGCACCGGCACCAUGCACUUCUCCAUCCCCGAGACCGAGACCCGCGCCGGCGACGGCGGCGCCGCCUACGUGGCCUACAACAUUCAUGUGAACGGCGUGUUGCACUGCCGCGUGCGGUACAGCCAGCUCCUGGGGCUACAUGAGCAGUUAAGGAAAGAGUAUGGUGCUAAUGUGGUACCAGCCUUUCCUCCAAAGAAGAUCUUCACCCUCACCCCAGCAGAGGUAGAGCAACGACGGGAACAACUGGAGAAGUAUAUGCAGGCUGUACGGCAGGAUCCAACGCUGGGAGGCAGUGAGAUCUUCAACAGCUUCUUGCGCAAGGCCCAGCAGGAGACACAGCAAAUACCCACAGAGGAGGUGGUGCUGGAAGUGCUGCUCUCCAAUGGCCAGAAGGUCAAGGUCACCAUCCUUACCUCGGACCAGACGGAGGAUGUCCUUGAGGCUGUGGCCUCCAAGCUAGAUCUGCCUGAUGACCUGGUUGGCUACUUCAGCCUCUUCCUGGUGAGAGAGACUAAGGAUGGAGCUUUCUCCUUUGUGCGGAAGCUGCAGGAGUUUGAGCUGCCAUAUGUGUCUGUCACCAGCCUGCACAACCCCGAGUUCAGGAUCAUUCUGCGCAAGAGCUACUGGGACUCCUCCUAUGAUGAUGACGUAAUGGAGCAUCGUGUGGGGCUGAACUUGCUGUAUGCCCAGACGGUGUCGGACAUUGAGCGUGGGUGGAUCCUUGUCAACAAGGAACAGCACCGGCAGCUCAAGUCCCUGCAAGAAAAAGUCUCAAAAAAGGAGUUCAUCCGCCUGGCGCAGACCCUGAAGUACUACGGCUAUCUCAAGUUCGACCCCUGCAUCACCGACUUCCCUGAAAAGGGAUGCCACGUCGUUGUCAGUGCUGGCAACAACGAACUCAACUUCCAGGUGCGGCUGCCAAACGAGCAGAUCAAGGAAGGCAGCUUCAAGGUCACACGCAUGCGGUGCUGGCGGGUCACAUCCUCGGUACCGAUGAGCAAUGGUCCCUCAGGGAGCAGCCCAGGGAAGUCAGAGGUGAAGCUGGAGCUGGCUUUUGAAUAUCUAAUGAGCAAGGACCGGCUGCAGUGGGUCACCAUCACCAGCCCACAGGCCAUCAUGCUGAGCAUCUGCCUGCAGUCCAUGGUGGAUGAGCUGAUGGUGAAGAAAUCUGGAGGCAGCAUCCGCAAGAUGUUUCGCCGGCGGGUCAAUGGGGCCCUGCGGCGCUCUGACAGUCAGCAAGCUGUGAAAUCGCCACCGCUGCUGGACUCACCUGACGCCUCCAGGGAGCCGGUGGUCAAACUCUCGAGCAAGCUCACCUCAGUCAGCCUGCGAGGGAUCAGCCACUCCAGCUCUGCUAACGAUGUGGCCGCUAACGACUUCCAUGGCAAUUAUGCCUUUGAGGGCAUUGGCGAUGAAGACCUGUAGUUGCUCCCCCUUCCCAUGGACAGCACUGGCCUGAGGGCCCAAGGGCCUUCGCUGAGGAAUGUACAACCUGCAGAAAGGUUGCAAUCGACGUGCCUCUCACCUGCUACCAUCCACCUUCCCCUGCUCCCGAGGGCUGGGGAGCUCAUCCCCAACCCGCCAUUGCCUUCAGGAUGGGGGCAGCUGAAAUCUCCUGCUGCUGGCUUCCAGCCAGGGGGACUGUGCUGGAGCUCAGCCAGGAGGUGGCUCAUUCCCAGAGCAGCACCAGCCUGACUUGAGCAGCAGGUCCCGGCCGAGCUCUGGAGCAGGCAUCGCAGAGCCUGGCCGAGCUCUGGAGGGCAGAGCUACCCCCCACCUGCCCCAGGAGGGCUUGGGCCACUGCUAGGCCUGGCCCAUAGUUUGCCCCUACUGCCACUGUGAGCGACCAGCUGCGUUGGGGGGCAGCUGCCCCGUGGUGGCUGGGGGCAGCAGCCUGGUGCCACCGAGCGGCCCUUGUGAGGCUCCAUAAUGCCAAAUUAGCGUUUAGGUCUCUGCUCAGAAACAGACCGCAUUAAACUGUCUCCAGUGGGGCUCUGUGCAGAGCCCUAUUUCUAACCCGCUCAUAGACUCCAGCGUAAUCUAGGCUUGUAACCACGUAUCUCCUGCUGCUCAGAACGACCAGAGCAUUAAUGGACAGUAACUGAUGUUUACACACUGCAAUGAUGAUUAAAACGGAUCUUGAUUGGUA